AUGGCCUCCCAAGCAGGAGCUUCGACCUUAGCCUUGACGGAGGAAGACGUGCCACAAGCGUGCCUGCUACGCGUCAAGCGAGACAUCGCGGACUUCAACGCCGACCCGCCCCCUGGGAUCUUCAUCGCGCCCGAGGAGAAAUCCAUCACCAACAUCCACGCCAUCGUGAUGGGCGCGCCGAACACGCCGCACGAGGGCGGCUUCUUCCACUUCCACGUGCGGUGUACCAGCGACUACCCGCUGAAGCCGCCCAACGUUCGCUGCUUGACAACCGACGCGGGGCGGACCAAGUUCAACGAACACAUCUACUUGGACGGCUUCAUCUGCCUCAGCACGCUCAACACACACGGGUCAGGGUGGAGUCCAGCCCAGUCCGUAAGCAGCCUUCUCGUUUCGAUCCAGUCGCUGCUGUCCGAGAUUCCCGCGUUUACCCAGAAAGAGGCCGUGGACCGUUUUGAAUCGAUCAUACAGCACGAGACGAUCAGGGUGGCUGUCUGUGACACGGUGGAAGCUUGCCUGCAAGAGGAUUCCCCUUUCCCGGAGACGCUCAAGGACGCGGUGUUCAAGAAAUUCGCGGAGUUGUACGACAAGUACGAAGACGUGGUCAAAUCGAGGCUGCAUCUCACUGGAACCAACAUGAACGACCCGAUGCGCAUGAACACAGGUACCUAUCAGUUCGAAAACCUGCUGACACGGCUUCAAGAUCUGAAAGGAAAGGUCGCCGAGAAAAACGAAGCGGCUGCAGCCACCGCCGACCAGUGA